AGGCUUUGAAACAUCUUCCAGCUCUGCUCCCUCCAGCAUCAUGCCUUACAACUGCCUGCCCAACCUGAGCUGCCGCUCCAGCUCCUCCUACAGGCCCUGCGUGCCCUCCAGCUGCCAGGGUAUCACCCUACCCGGGGCCUGCAACAUCCCUGCCACUGUGAGCAGCGGCAACUGGUUCUGCGAGGGCUCCUUCAAUGGCAAUGAGAAGGAGACCAUGCAGUUUCUGAACGACCGGCUGGCCAGCUACCUGGAGAAGGUGCGCCAGCUGGAGCGGGACAAUGCAGAGCUGGAGAGGCAGAUCCUGGAGCGGUCUCAGCAGCAGGAGCCCCUGGUGUGCGCCAACUACCAGUCCUACUUCCGGACCAUCGAGGAACUCCAGCAGAAGAUUCUGUGUGGCAAGUCUGAGAACGCCAGGCUGGUGGUGCAGAUUGACAAUGCCAAGCUGGCUGCCGAUGACUUCAGGACCAAGUACCAGACGGAGCUGGGCUUGCGGCAGCUGGUGGAGUCAGACAUCAACAGCCUGCGAAGGACCCUGGACGAGCUGACCCUCUGCAAGGCUGACCUGGAGGCCCAGGUGGAGUCCCUGAAGGAGGAGCUGCUCUGCCUCAAGCAGAACCACGAGCAGGAAGUCAACUCCCUCCGGAGCCAGCUCGGGGACCGCCUCAACAUCGAGGUGGACGCCGCUCCCACCGUCGACCUGAACAGCGUGCUCAGCGAGACCAGGAGCCAGUACGAGGCCCUGGUGGAGACCAACCGCAGGGACGUGGAGGAAUGGUUCGCCAGGCAGACCGAGGAGCUGAACAAGCAGGUGGUGUCCAGCUCGGAGCAGCUGCAGUCCUACCAGGCGGAGAUCAUCGAGCUGAGACGCACGGUCAACGCCCUGGAGGUGGAGCUGCAGGCCCAGCACAACCUGAGGGACUCUCUGGAGAACACGCUGACGGAGACGGAGGCCCGCUACAGCUCGCAGCUGGCCCAGGUGCAGGGCCUGAUCGGCAACGUGGAGGCUCAGCUGGCGGAGAUCCGGGCUGACCUGGAGCGUCAGAACCAGGAGUACCAGGUGCUGCUGGACGUGCGGGCCCGGCUGGAGAGUGAGAUCAACACGUACCGGGGGCUGCUGGAGAGCGAGGACUGCAAGCUGCCCAGCAACCCCUGCGCCACGACCAACGCACAGCCCAUUGGGCACUGCGUCAGCAGUUCCUGCACCCCUUGUGGCCCUCGCACCUGCUUCAAGUCCUGUAACACCUUUGGGUGCUAGAUGGCUGGGGCCCGCAGGAGGAUUGUGUGAAGACGAAAGACCGAUGAGGGACCAGCCCUGCUCUCUGUCCACCAUCAAGCCGUAGACCCCACUCCAGGCAUCCCCAUAACUCAUGGUCUGCAAGGAGAAUGUCCAGGCUCACCUGAUCUUCUUCCUUCGACGCCGCUCUCUUGUAGUUAUCCCGUGACCUGAUGGUCUGACAUGUUUGGGCUGGGAACGCAUGCGGUUGUGUGAUUCUUUCUGUUGCUUCGACCUGUCUGGUAGCUCUCCAAAUCCCUUUAUGAAUCGCCUAAUAAAUAUUCCUCUUGCAAAGCA